CUCGGCGGCCAUUUCCCGUCUCGCUGGAGGAAGAGACGCGGGGCCCAAAGGGAAAAAGAAAAAAAACCACCAUGGAGAGUGGGGGGCGGCCGCCGCCGCCGCGCCUUCGUCACUUCCGCCUUGGGCGGGGAAACGCCGGCACCGCUCACUGCCCUAGCGCCAUCUUGGUUGUGGGUAGUCGUCCGCAAGGAAGAUGGCGGCCCCCGGCGCUAAUAGCCGCCCACAAGCCGCCCGCAAGCCCGCGUCCCGGGGGGAGCGGCGUGGUCCUCUUCUAUGUGUCUCCCUAUCCCCCAGCCGAGGGCUCCGUGUCCCGCCGGCCGCAGCUCCUACCUCACCCUGCACUGCCGCGAAUAAAAACUGUCGCCUUUUAUCCCGUCCUUCCCCGCAGAGCGCUCAGAGGGGCCGCCCAGGCGCUGCCUGGUUACCUGCCGGGCGAGGUGCGCAUCCAUCCACGAGAGCUGCUCGGAAGGGCCGCUCUGUAACGCGGAGCGCAGGCAGCGCACCACCGUCAAGCGGCAUUAGCGCCCGCUACCGCCGUGCCCCAGGAAGGAGAUGGGGCGGCGGCGCUGCUUUACUGCGGCGGCGGCCGCUUUUGCAGCAGGUGUGCGCCGAGCUGCAGCGCGGCGGCCCGGCGCUGGCGAGAAGCGCGCCCGAGGAAAGUGCCCGGGGGCUUGCUGCACCACCGAAGCAGCGCAGCGGAGGGACGGGAUCCACUGGUGCACAAAGAGCUGUGGCGGCCGAGCGGGUUCUCAAACUUAACGCUGCUCGAAUCUCACACGGUGGAUUUAUUUUCUAAAAGAUUUUUGUCAGUCCAUGAGUGGGACAAGGCUCGAGGGAGCUGUGCAAAGGGGAUGCUUCAGUAGGUGGCA